CCGGCUCUUGAUCGCCGAAAGCAGCUUGAAAUUGUCCUGCGAAUUGGUCGCCAGAGCCUUCUUCACCAGCAGCUCUCUGUCCGUCUUUUUCAAUUUAUGCAAAUCGAUGGUCUCGGCGUCCUCCUCAGCACCGCGUACCUGCCCCGCUUCUCCGACGGAAGCCUGGCGAUUGCUUCCAGAAUCAGCUCGUCCUCGUCGUCCCUCGCCGCCGACGAGGUCUCCGCCCCGCUCCCGGCGAACGAGUCGAUUUCCAGCUCGAACAACGACGGCUCGCCCAUCUCCAUUUGCCUACACGCCGGCAGCGGCCGGGGAGGGUUUAAUUCG